AUGUUGAUCACUCUGUAUAUGUGUCUGUUGUUUUUCUCUAAGUGUAUCUCUUCAGCUUUGCUCACUGGCUCAGGUACCUGUCAGCUCCAGGGACGCUUCAAACUGAAUGGGGUGUACCAAGAUGGAGAUCUGAUACUUGGAGGCUUGUUUGAGGUUCACUUUUUCACAGUGUUCCCAGAGCUGAACUUUAGAUCUGAGCCAGAACCACCAUACUGUGAGAAAUUUGAUGUGGAAAGUUUUCAGCAGGCACAGACUAUGAUUUUUGCUAUAGAUGAAAUCAACAAGAAUCCCAACCUGCUGCCAAACAUCACUCUUGGUUAUCAUCUUUAUGACAACUGUGUGAUGUUGGGAAUGGCGUUCCGGGCUGCCAUAGCACUUGUUAGUGGGACACAGGAGUCUUUGUCUGAUGUUGAUUGCACCGGACCACCACCAGUAAUAGGAAUUGUGGGGGAUCCAGGUUCUACUCCUUCUAUUGCUAUAUCCAGUGUGCUGGGGCUGUUUCGUGUACCUAUAGUUAGCCACUAUGCCACCUGCUCCUGUUUGAGUGACAGGAAAAAAUAUCCCUCCUUCUUCAGAACUAUCCCCAGUGAUGCCUUCCAGGUUCGAGCUAUGAUUCAGAUCUUGAGACAUUUUGGAUGGACCUGGGUUGGUCUUCUCUAUAGUGAUGAUGAUUAUGGCAUCUACGCUGCUCAGUCUUUAAACAAAGAAGUGCAGCUGUUUGGUGGUUGUGUUGCUUUUUCUGAAAUCCUGCCACGUGAUAACAACCGCAGAGAUAUUCAGCGCAUAGUUAAAGUGAUUCAGACCUCUACAGCUAAAGUGGUGGUUGUUUUUUCUACUUCAACCUAUCUGAUGCCUUUGAUGGAUGAGGUAGCUUUGCAGAACAUGACAGAUGUACAGUGGAUUGCAAGUGAAGCUUGGGCCACCUCUCCUGUAUUUCACACUCCACGUUUCCUGCCGUUUCUGGGAGGCACGCUGGGUAUCGCCAUCCGACGUGGAGAGAUCAAGGGACUUUAUGAGUUCCUGCUACGUGUCCGCCCCAGUACUGAUCCAAGAAAUAAUAUGUUGAGGAUUUUCUGGGAGAACAUGUUUGAUUGCAGUUUUGAAAAAGAGGGUAUACAUUUCAAUAAAGAGCCAUUUAAAAAAGUGUGCACAGGUGAGGAAGAUCUACGCAGCACAGACACAGUAUACACUGAUGUUUCAGGGCUCAGGCCCGCCUAUAAUGUGUACAAAGCAGUUUAUGCCCUGGCACAUGCACUUCAUGACCUGAUGCAGUGUGAGGAGGGGAGAGGACCAUUCAGUGACAACACCUGUGCUGACAUAACAAACCUGCAGCCCUGGCAGCUGGUCCAUUACCUACAGAAAGUAAACUUCACCACAGGAUUUGGGGAUCAUGUGUCAUUUGAUAAGAAUGGAGAUGCUCUGGCCAUCUAUGAUGUGUUGAACUGGCAGCCGAGCUCUGAUGGGUCAAUCAUUGUCCGCACAGUCGGUGUGGUGGAUGAAGGGGCGGCAACAGGAAAGGUGCUCACACUGGAUGAAGAUGCAUUAUACUGGAAAUUUGGUGAACAUAAACCUCCACGGUCUGUGUGUAGUCAGAGCUGCCCAACAGGCACCAGACGAGCCAGGAGGAAAGGCCUUCCUGUCUGCUGUUUUGACUGCCUGCCAUGUGCAGAUGGAGAGAUUUCUAAUACAACAGAUGCAAAUGAGUGCACAUUGUGUCCAGAUGAGUUUUGGUCCAAUCCAGAAAAAAAUCGCUGUAUUCCUAAAGAAGUGGAGUUUCUGUCCUAUGAGGAACCUCUGGGCAUCUCCCUGACCACUGCUUCUCUGCUCGGCACCUGCUUCUGUGCUGUUGUCAUGAUCAUUUUUGCUCAUCACCGCAACACUCCUAUAGUGCGCGCCAAUAAUUCAGAGCUCAGCUUCCUGCUGCUGCUGUCACUCAAACUGUGUUUCCUGUGUGUGCUGCUGUUUAUUGGCCGACCACAGUUGUGGACGUGUCAGUUAAGACAUGCUGUGUUUGGCAUUAGCUUUGUUUUGUGCGUCUCCAGCAUUCUGGUCAAGACUAUGGUGGUAAUAGCCGUGUUUAAGUCGUCUCGACCAGAAGGUAAAAGUGCAAUGAAAUGGUUCGGCGCAGCUCAACAAAGAUGCACAGUCUUGGUCUUAACUGCCCUUCAGGUGGUGAUAUGUGCGGUCUGGCUUACAACUGCUUCUCCAACACCUUAUAAAAAUAGCGUGUAUAUCAGGUCGAAAAUAGUUUAUGAAUGUGCUGUUGGUUCAGUGGCUGGAUUUGCUGUGCUGUUGGGCUACAUUGGGUUUUUGGCAGCUGUAAGCUUCAUGUUAGCUUUUCUAGCAAGAAAUCUUCCAGAUAGUUUUAAUGAAGCAAAGUUCAUUACUUUUAGUAUGUUGAUCUUUUGUGCUGUGUGGAUUGCGUUUGUUCCAGCUUAUGUCAGCUCACCAGGGAAAUAUGCAGUGGCUGUGGAGAUUUUUGCCAUUUUAGCUUCCAGUUUUGGAUUACUGGUGGCAAUAUUUGCACCAAAAUGCUACAUCAUCCUCUUACAUCCAGAAAGAAACACUAAAAAAGCCAUAAUGGGAAGAGGCACAGAGAAGAAAUAGGUUUGCAUGCUACCUGUUAUACCACUUUGAAGCCCUGCUUGUAAACACGCUAAAGUAUUCUUGAUACAUUUCUGUCAACUUUGUCAUGACUUACAGUACACAUAUGUCAUGUGAUCAGUGACUUUAAGAAUGCCUGUUGUUUUCCAUUCAUAUGUUAAAUUUGUUCAUUGUUGUAUAACAGUAAAGUAAACAUGUGUCUUUUAUUAAGUUGUAUCAAGUUAAUGCUAUUGUAUCAUUUUACAUCUAAUUGAUGUAUUACCAAAAUUAAGUUAAUGUAUCAUUUUUCAUUCAGCCCCUUUGGAGACAGUUUAAGGCAUGUAUUGUCUAUUCAUUUUAAAGUUUGAUACUAAGAGAUCGUUUUCAUUUACUGUAUAUCCUUUGAUAUAUACAGUACUGUGCAAAAGUCUUAGGCCACCAUGCUACCAUUAAAUGUUUUUGCAAUUAUAUAGUGAAAAUUUUUUGUUUUUAAUUUUUUGUUCAUAUUUCCUGUAUUUUCUGUUUGUAUCUUAAUAAAAAGAGUGAAUAAUAAAUAUGGAUGGACAUUAAAACUUUGCUAAAACAACAAAGCUGGUAAUAGUGGCCUAAGACUUUUGCACAGUACUGUAUAUGAAACAGCUGACUGUCUGGACAGAGAUCAUUAUGUAUUUGUUGUUAACUUUAUUGAAUCAUAAAUUAUUUC